GCGGACCGCUCUGAGAGCUCGGCGCCCGGGGGCGCGCGUCUAGUCGCGGAGGCGCAGCGGUGGAUGCGUUCUGGAGCAACAUGGCUGACAGCAAGGCCAAGCCUGCCAAAGCUGCCAACAAGACACCACCCAAGUCCCCAGGAGACACAGCCAAGGCUGCUAAGAGGUUGUCACUGGAGUCAGAGGGUGCCAAUGAGGGUGCAGCUGCAGCUCCUGAGCUCAGUGCCCUGGAGGAGGCCUUCCGUCGGUUUGCAGUACAUGGGGACACCAGGGCAACAGGAAAGGAGAUGCAUGGCAAGAACUGGUCAAAACUGUGCAAGGACUGCCACGUGAUCGAUGGGAAGAAUGUGACUGUCACUGAUGUGGACAUCGUCUUCAGCAAGAUCAAAGGGAAGUCCUGCAGGACCAUCACCUUUGAGCAGUUCCAGGAGGCACUGGAGGAGCUGGCCAAGAAGCGGUUCAAGGAUAAGAGCAGCGAGGAGGCUGUGCGUGAGGUGCACAGGCUCAUUGAGGGCCGAGCACCAGUCAUCUCUGGCGUCACGAAAGCUGUGUCCUCACCCACGGUGUCACGGCUCACAGACACAAGCAAGUUCACAGGCUCCCACAAGGAGCGUUUCGACCAAUCAGGAAAGGGCAAGGGCAAAGCUGGCCGCGUGGACCUGGUGGAUGAGUCAGGCUAUGUGCCUGGUUACAAGCAUGCAGGCACCUAUGACCAGAAGGUGCAGGGGGGCAAGUAGGCUUACAGGCCGAAGCUCUGGACGCUACAGGUGGCAGGCGCAGGACUUACACCCAUUGCACUUCAUUACAUUCCUAUGUUUAACUGGGCAGAACUCAGAAUGCACCUCCACUAGGUGAUGGUGGGGGCAGUGCCCAGGCCUCCUCCUGCUGGGUGCUUUGACACUUCUCUCUCAGACCCUAGGUUUGGGCCAUGAUUCAUUGUCCUGUCCUAACAUACCUGCCCUGUCCACAGCUGGGAAGUGGACUGCUAUUUCCAAACUGUCUCCCAGGAUCAUACCACACUGGCCACUUGAUCUGCAGGUAAUGGGGGGGGUGUUUUGGGUACUGGCAGAAAUGAGGAUGAGCAGAGCAGAUGUCAGAACUCACGCUGACCUUAUCUAGGCACUUCUGAGGCGGCAGGAACUAAGGAACUAACCAACUGCAUAGAAUAAUCCUAAACAGGCCCCUUCAACUUUCUUGAGCAGAACACAUGACUGAGGGUACUUGAUGGGUUGUGCCAGUGUGUGCGAGAACAAUUCACAUCAGCACACAUGCAUGUAUGUGUGUGUACAUACAUGCACACACGCACACAUGCACACAUGCAUAUUCACCAACCGAGUCUGUGCUGAGAGUGGCCAAGAGAAAAUGCAAGCUCUCUGGUGACCAGAGGAGUGACUUGGGAGUAUGAAGCUGGAAGUUUCUUCAGUGUUGUUCUAAGAAAUGGCAAGACUAUGUCCUUGGUCUCAAGAGUGAUCCAGGGAGAUUCAAGAUAUCACGCUGCCAUGUCCCAUCACCAGGUUGGGACACACAUGAUGCUGAGACACUUCGUCCAGACCAGGCUUGGGCAGUUUUUCCACCAGUGUGUUAUGGAGGCCUUUGCCGAGGCAAGUUAUGCUGUGUUUUGCUCAAAAUUAUGUCUUCAGCUCUAUGGAGCCUUCCCUGGGUUCAUUUUCCUAACUUUUCUCACAAGUGCAAGUGCAGGGCACUGGACACUAGAACUAGGCCCAAGAAAGAUCUGCAGCAUCUGCUAAGGUUUCUUUUUCUGCCACGAAACAGAAGUCAGGACUCGGCUCAUCCAUGUGUGAGGGUGCCACUUAGCCAGGCCCAAAGGCAUGUACCAUCCUCAUAAGAGUCCCACAGCAAUUGUUCCUUUGCAUUAACACAGCCCUAGCCUUGCAUGCAGCUUGGUGGACUGUGUGGCUUUGUUCCUAAAGAGAACACACAGUGGCCUCAGGAUACGCUUCCUUGAGCAGAUGGCUGUUGAAGGUGGGUGUCUUACAUGACUUGGACAGCACAGGUAGACAGCAAGGCUGUCUUCCCCACUGCCAUGGCACACAGUCACAGUAUCCACCUCUCUGGGGCUCAGAGAGCAUGCCUUUGCUGCAACACCAGGGAAGACUACCUUAAGAGAGAAAAGCAUGGGCCUCAAUACCAGACCUCCAGACAGCAGGCCAAAGGUUCAAAGUUAACAAACCCCUCAACACAGCCACCACUGGAAGAUGGGGAUGGUCAGCGUCCUCCCAAGGUUUUGUGAGUUUGCAGUACGUGGCAAGUGGUGGGGCCUCCUUUCUGGAAUCUUACCUCACUGGUCCGGGGAAACAAAAGGACUCUUGCACUUCUCACACCCUCGCCCAGAACCCCUAGUCCCCAUGUGGCUGGCAGUCUCUUGGUCUGAGGAUGCUCUUUUCUACUGCCUAUCAACAGCCUAGUUGCCACCAUCAUAGCCAAGUAAAAUGGAACACACACAAACCCAUCAGGAGGUGACGGCAUGUGGGCCAGGGCAGAGGGGGCAGGCUAGUGUGGCAUCAGAGGGUCCCCACAACAUGUAGUGGGCCAGAUGUUUCCCUGACCCCAUAGUAGUUUGAAAACUCUGGACACUGCCUUCUGUUCAAAGGGCCAAGAUGCCAGAAUGGUGUCAGAUGAAGAUUCAAGUCAAGUCCAGGAUUAACAGCCUAGGAACACCUAGGAAACAAUGUAAGUGUCCACCUUCACAGGACUACCCAGCUUCAUGAGGAACCUUCAUUAUAAACUGGUCACUUCACCCAUGUGCUCAGGAUUGAGCAGAAAAGCUCAGAAUGGCAAGCUCAUAUAGGUCCUGGGCAGUAGAGGACUGGAACUGCCAUCAGAGUCCCCAAAGGUAUGAUCCUCAGAAGGAAAGCAUUCCAGGAAGGAAAGCACUUAAGAAAAGUUUCUAAUGGAUCUAGCACAACUUGGACUCUAAAUGAAAAUUGGGUCACUCUGCCUUGCCGGUCCUCACUGUCCUAGGCACAGAACCUGAGCACCCUUGGGGUACUGCAGGAUAGUCCUAGACCCACCCAUGUAGUUCCUCAGCAGCACCCAGAACUGUGUCAGACAAGUGGUCUUCAUUUUGUCCUCCCUUACUCCCAGAGUUUCCUCACACAGCACCUUUCUCUAGUCAGUGUUAAGUUUAACUUUAAAAAUAAACCCUCCCACUAGAUGAUAUAUAUCAUCUAGAAAGGAAAGGGUAGUAACAAUUAGAUCAUAAAGACUUAGUGUCUCCAUAAAGUGUCUACGGAAUUUGUUGUGGCAUCUGUGUACCCUCUCAACAUAGAAACUGAUUUGAAUCCAACUUUGCUGCAUAAAACAGAUGUGUAUUUUCCUCAGUUUGAUUUGAACACACAGGUAGAGUUUGUCUCUGUUGCAUGUUUUAUGCAAUACCAAUUAACUAUUAAUAAUUAUGGAUAAAUAGAAUUCAGUGUCUGUGAAUAAAAACAAACAAAAACUGCACAGCAUGCAAAUCAAGACCCAGGGCCAUUUGCUGUUAGGUGACAGGCACACAAGAGACAGGGAUAGGUUCUCAUAGGGGAUGACACCCAGGAGAUGACCUUUUUUUCUUCUAGAGGGGACACCCAGGAGACAAAAAGAUAUAUUCUAUCAGGGGAAGACACUCAGGAGACAUAGACAGAUUCUCUUGAGUUAUGACAGUAAAGAAUAAGGACAGGUUCUGUCAGGGACGAAACUCAGGGACAUGGAUCAGAGUGACAGAGUCAUGUUCUGUUGUGCAUGACACUCAAGGAUAUGUUCUGUCAGAGUAAUACUUGGAUAUAUUUUAUUGGGGGUGACACCAAGGAACAUGGUCUGUAGAGGGUGAUAUACAGGGACACAUUCUGCUAGAGGUGAUAUUCAGGAGAAAGGGACAAACUGCAGGGAGGAGCCAUGCAGAUGGUGUCUUAAGUGUCAGGGAAUGAUGGUAGGUAGGUUGGAGGCUGUCUGAAACACUGACUCUAGUAGAACCCCUAUUUAUUUCUAUUUAAUGCUUUGAACAACUAGUUAGUGGAAAUGCUUUACCAAAAUCAGAGUUCAAAUUACGUAUUUAAAUAUUGUUGAAAAAUCUAUAUUUAUACUGGAGUAUUUUUACACCUUUCAGUAUCCUAUCUUAUAUUGGGGCACAGGGACAUUAUGAUAGAUGGAGAGUUUUGAAAAGGGCUGCAUGACAGUUCUGCCACCUCCCUGUAGUCUGUCCCAGGGAGUUGACAGGUGUCUGCCCUGAGCCAAGACCCAACCUUACCACUCCCAGAGGCUCUUGACUGCUUCAGCUGCCUGUUUCAAUGAAUAGUUUUACUGGCACACAGCUGUACCCAUGUGUUUACAUACUGUUCUGUAGAUGCUUUGGUAUUACAACUGGCUGGGAGGACUGAGACAGAUGCCAUGGCACAGACACAUAUGGCAUUUGCCACCUGUCCUUUUUCAGAGAAAACUGCCUGUCUAUGUGCCUGGCUCGCCCUCCCUCUCUCUCUGUAGACUCGUGUACUACCUGGCUACGACAAGGGCACAUAGGGGAAGCCCUGCCAAUUAAGAAUGGCAAGAGUUACAAUUUAGCUGUACUGUGAAGACAUCAGUAGACAGAAUAUCCUUCCAACACUGAGCCAAACUGCUCUUCUUCACCAACAUACUACUGACCAUUCUGAACUUUACAGUUCAUGGGUGUGGCCAUCUUGGGACUCGUAAAUUAUCUCUUCCUUUAGACUUCUUAACUAAACCAAGCCAAACAACAAAGCCUGUACAACUUAAACUUGAAAGGAAUAAUAUGCUACUACUAGUAGUUUGUACUAAGUUUUUUUUUUCAAGAAAGGGAGUUAAGUUUAUAUAUAUGUGAUAUAUAUUUUUACACUAUUUUAUUAAUGUUAGGGAAUAUGGAGUUUAUCACUUUAUCAGUGUGAUGGGUAAUGUUGAUGCCAUGGGUGUUCUGACUCAGAAAGACAUUUAUGCUGACAUCUAAACCACACUUGCUCAGAAUGUCUAUCAGGUCAGGAUGGCCCUGCUGUCUGUCCCUCCUAUAGAGUGCAAGGCAUCUAGUCACCUAGCUGGACAUAUGGCCUGGCUCAUAUUGCUUUAGUGAAACAGCUUAUGUCUAUCAACAUUUCGUUCAUUGUGUUUGCUGUUAUUAACAUUGUGUGUCAAGUUGGUAAAGUGAUGAAUAAAGGUUUUAAAAUAUGGA